UCCAGGAAGUACUGCUGUCAUUCGGUUAUUUGCUGUGUCCUUGUUAGCCAGCUAGAUAGCUAGCAGGCUAAUGUGUUCUAAAUGUAAUAAUGCACUGAAUCAGAAAAGUGAAGUAUAAUAAUACCUGAUAUUUAUCCUCACUUGUUCGUAACAUUAUGUUACGAGCCGGAACAGCAGUUGCCUGUGUGUCCUGCAGGAGCCUGGUCUCCCCCAGGAUGGGGGUGCGGUUUCGGCUGCCGCUGCAGAAGCUCCACCCCCUGUCCCGGGCGCUGCACCACUGCUCCUCCGCCCCCCCGUGUCCCGCUCACCGCACGGGCGCGCGCAGCUACACCUCCCUGUCCCGGCACGCCCCCCGGCCCUGCAGGGUGCCCCCCCCGGGCCGCCGGUUCCAGCAGCAGCGCUCCUUCUGGGUGGCCCGUCUCGCCGCCCGCCUCCUCAAGCUCCGCUACAUCGUCCUGGGCUCCGCCGUGGGAGGGGGCUACACCGCCAAAAAGACGUACGAGGAGUGGAAGGACAUGUUGCCUGAUCUCAGCGAGUACACCUGGGUAAUACCUGACUUCGUCUGGGAGCUCAACGAGCAUCUGGACCUGGAGAAGAUCGCCAACGCCCUGCCGGACCUGGAGGAGCUGGCCAAGCUGGUGCCUGACCUGGAGAAGGUGGCGGAGAACCUCAGCUUCCUGAAGACCCUGCUCUCCAACGGUUUUGGUGUGCUUAGUGAAGUCACAGAAGCUUCUGGUCUGCGUCUGUUGUUAGAGUCGACGGGCGAGACCACUUUCAACGCCACAGACAGCCAGGGAUCGGAGGGCGGCGACAAACAGUUCAAGAAGGGUCUGCUCGGCGAGCUCAUUCUAAUUCAGCAGCAGAUCCAGCAGCACGAGGAGGCGGCCCUCAGGGCAUCGGCCAAUAGCAUCAGGCCUGAGCCCCGCCCGGCCCCGCCCCCCCAGACUCCGGCCCCGCCCCCAAGCCCCAGCGCCGCCCCCCCGACGGCCGAUCCGACCCCCAGCCCCCCGCAGCCCAAGCGCAAGGCCUCAGAUAAAGAGAAGGUGGACCAGCUUCAAGAAGAACUUCUCCGGACUCAGAUGAAGUACCAGCGGAUGCUGGAGCGUCUGGAGAAGGAGAAUAAAGAGCUGAGGAAAGUGGUUCUGCAGAAAGACGACAAGGGCAUCCACCAGAGAAAGGUCAAGAAGUCUCUCAUUGACUUGUACUCAGAGGUCCUGGACAUCCUCUCUGACUACGACUCAAACUACAAUACCCAGGAUCAUCUGCCCAGGGUGGUGGUCGUAGGAGAUCAGAGUUCGGGGAAGACCAGUGUGCUGGAGAUGAUCGCUCAGGCCAGGAUCUUUCCCCGAGGCUCCGGGGAGAUGAUGACCCGCUCACCUGUCAAGGUGACCCUCAGUGAAGGCCCGCAUCACGUCGCUAUGUUCAAGGACAGCAGCCGUGAGUUCGACCUGAGCAAGGAGGAGGACCUGGCUGCCCUGCGGCACGAGAUCGAGCUGCGCAUGCGUAAGAGCGUGAAGGAGGGGCAGACCGUCAGCCCCGAGACCAUCUCCCUGAGCGUGAAGGGCCCGGGAAUACAGAGGAUGGUGCUGGUGGAUCUGCCUGGAGUCAUCAGCACGGUGACGACGGGAAUGGCGGCUGACACGAAGGAGACGAUCUUCAGCAUGAGCAAAGCCUACAUGCAGAACCCCAACGCCAUCAUCCUCUGCAUUCAGGACGGCUCUGUAGACGCUGAGCGCAGCAUUGUCACAGACCUGGUGAGUCAGAUGGACCCUCAGGGCAAGAGGACCAUCUUUGUUCUGACCAAGGUGGACCUGGCCGAGAAGAACCUGGCCAGCCCCGGCAGGAUUCAGCAGAUUGUGGAGGGGAAGCUGUUUCCCAUGAAGGCCCUGGGAUACUUUGCUGUGGUGACUGGAAAAGGCAGCAGCAACGAGAGCAUCGACUCCAUCAAAGACUACGAGGAGGACUUCUUCCAGAACUCCAAGCUGCUCAAGAACGGCAUGCUGAAGGCCCACCAGGUGACCACCAAGAACCUGAGCCUGGCCGUGUCCGACUGCUUCUGGAAGAUGGUGCGCGAGUCCGUGGAGCAGCAGGCCGACGCCUUCAAAGCCUCUCGGUUUAACCUGGAGACGGAGUGGAAGAACAACUACCCUCGACUGCGUGAGCUGGACAGGAAUGAGCUGUUCGAGAAGGCCAAGAACGAGAUCCUGGAUGAGGUCAUCAGCCUGAGUCAGGUCACCCCCAAACACUGGCAAGCCAUCCUGCAGAAGAAGCUCUGGGAGCGUGUCUCCACGCACGUCAUCGAGAACAUCUACCUGCCCGCCGCCCAGACCAUGAACUCCGGCACCUUCAACACCACCGUGGACAUCAAGCUCAAGCAGUGGACGGACAAGCAGCUGCCCCACAAGGCCCUGGAGGUUGCCUGGGAGACCCUGCAGGAGGAGUUUGCGCGCUUUAUGGCGGAGUACAAGGGGAAGGAUCAGGACGACAUCUUCGACAAGCUGAAGGAGGCGGUGAAGGACGAGAGCAUCAAGAGGCACAAGUGGAACGAGAGAGCCAUGGACAGCCUGAGGGUGAUCCAGCACAACGCUCUGGAGGACCGCAGUAUCACAGAUAAGCCUCAGUGGGACGCAGCCAUACAGUUCAUGGAGGAGACGCUGCAGACACGGCUAAAAGACACGGACUCUGUCAUCGGGGACAUGGUGGGGCCGGACUGGAAGCAGAGGUGGCUCAACUGGACCAACCGCACGCCAGAACAGCACGUCCGGAACGAAACCAAGAACGAGCUGGAGCGGCUCCUGAAGCUGCAGGAGGACCACACGGCGUACCUGGCCAACGACGAGGUGACCACCGUGCGCAAGAACCUGGAGUCGCGCGGCGUGGAGGUGGACCCGGUGCUGAUUAAGGACACCUGGCACCAGCUCUACCGCAGGCACUUCCUGCAGAAGGCCCUGUUCCACUGCAACCUCUGCAGGAGGGGCUUCUACUACUACCAGAGACACUUCGUCGACUCGGAGCUGGAGUGUAACGACGUGGUCCUGUUCUGGCGGAUCCAGAGGAUGCUGGGAAUCACCGCCAACACGCUACGGCAGCAGCUCACCAACACCGAAGUGCGGCGUUUGGAGAAGAACGUGAAGGAGGUUCUGGAGGACUUCGGCGAGGACAACGGGAAGAAGGUCCACCUGAUCACGGGCCGCAGGGUGCAGCUCGCCGAGGACCUGAAAAAAGUGCGGGAAAUCCAGGAGAAACUUGAAGCCUUCAUCGAAGCUCUUCACAAGGAGAAAUAACGCAAGCUGUCUUGUGUGGAGUCGCUGAAAAGGCCCCGCCCAAACUCGCCUGGUUCACCUUCGCCCCCCUCCCCCUGUAAACGACUGCCUACCCCCCCCCCCCCAUCCCCAACACGCCCAACAUACCCCCUCCCUCUCCAUCUCAGCUUCACGUCGUCGGGGGUUGGCGUUUCGCUCGACUGCAGCACUUUGAGGGGGAGAAGAAUCUCACCCGACAACGUGGAGUCACUCACCUGUUAACGGGCCGCUCGGCCAAAUGAUGUGUAACAACGCACAGAAUCCCCGCACUUAUGAGCGACUUAUUCUCAGAAAAGCAGCUUCUCCUCGUGUGUGUAAGAUCUCCGUGCCCACUGGCCUCCCCAGCCCUGUGUCCUGGCCCUGACGCGGUGGGGGUGGGGGUGAAGUGGGGACUGCCCCAGGCCUUGACCACUCUCCUCCGUAUGGGUGCCCGUGUGCGAUGCUGUGCAGAGCGAGCUGUGUGUUUUUCCCCUCUGUUUGUUGAGGACCUGCUGCUCUUAGUGUGACUGUAGCCGUCGCGGUGAGUGUGCUUAUGCCAUCGCACGACUGCAAUCGGUCGCGGUGGUGUUCAGACGCUUCGCCCCAAAGGAUGCUGGGAAACGGACAGAGGUGCUGCUCAGAUUUAUUUCCUCCCCCCUGACCUGAUGCGCAACCAGCUCCAAACCAGCUCCAUCCAGCCAAAACCUGCUGCCCCCCCCACCAUGCACACACACACACACACACGCAUAGACACACAUACACGCACACGCACAUGCACUCGCACACACAAAUACGCACACAGACACACACGCACAUGCACACACACACACACACAUGCACUCACACACUCACUCACACUCACACACACACAGACACACCCAUGCACUCACACACACAGACAGACACACACACGCACACACGCAUGCACUCACACACUCACACUCACACUCACACACAUGCACUCACACACACAAAUACGCACUUACACACACACACACACACACACACACACACACGCGUAUGCGCUCUACAGUUGCCCGGUGUGAUCUUGUUUGGCUGUAAGUGAAGAGUUAAUCUCAUCUUGUCAGAUUCCUCCUUCAGAUCUCAUCAGGCAGUUUAAAGUAACUUUUACUUGCUAAAAAAAAAAACUUGAUUCAUCUCACAAAGCACUUCUGUAAAAGCCAGAAAUUUGUCUUAACAUGACCAUAUGAACAGCAGUUUAAAAAGUACAGUGAUGGUGUCUUUUUUUAUAUAUAAUUUUGUAUGUAGCAGGUUUGCUAUGUGAGUGAAGUCAGCUGUUGACGCUCCGUGAGUUUAGCCAAUGGCGUCGAGGCUCCGCCCCUUUUGGAAAGCAGGGUGUCGUCUGUGACAGGCAGGUGUAUCUGUCAAUCCCCCCCCCCCCCACCCCACUUCCGCCCCUGUCCCACAGGUCUGGAUCAGUAUUCCUAACUGAUCUUAGAGAGGAGCGCUGAUCUCAGAUCAGUUUGGCCCUUUCGCUCAUUGGGGACACAGUGAGGACGUGUAAAGGGGAAACUGAUCCCAGAUCAGCCAUCUUGCUCUGAGGCCAUUUAUGAAUACGGGCCCUGGUUUUGCACAAGGCACCGCCCCCCCCCCCCCCCCCCCCCCCCGUUCCACACCAGCGGGCCCCCCCUUCCGGCAUGGAAAUCCGGCUCGGAAUAUCCCCGGAUAUCCUCUGGAUCCCUGCUCCAGCUCUGCACUGGCUUCCCAAAAGCCCCCCCCCCCCUCACCCCUACGAACUCACACUAGCCCGGGCCUCUUCCUCCUCCUCCUCCUCCUCCUCCUGCUGCCCAGCUCGCUCUCUCUGCCCUGCCGGUAUUCCGGCGUUCCAGACUCCAGGAGUCGGAACGCCAGUCCGAGCCCUCGGCCCGUCGGGGAGAGAUCGUAACCGCACAGCAGGUCCCAUCCGUGCCCAUGUGUAUACAGAUGUACAUGUUAAUAAAGACAAAUAUUAAUAACGAGAGAACCUAUCAUCACUGUACGAGAUAUGUAGGGUGGUCCCUCCCUGAAAUAAAUAUUUCCAUUGGUUUGUUAAAAAAAAAAAGCAUACAUAUUUGUGUUAUUUUUUUGUAGAAUAAAAUGUUUGUUUUAUCAGAGUUAAGACAUUGCAUGAUGUUCCCCAUUAUUAUGUGGUUUAUUUAUUCACUUUGAUUGUAAAGACAGAUGAAUAUGAACAAUAAAAAUGGCAUUUUCCA